AUGGAGAAGAUCUUCAACACGCUCCAAGGACGGCAGGCCCCAACAUCAGCGUGUCUCACACCGUGCACAAUUGGAAGACGCCAGCAAACGAGAAGGCGCUUAAAGCCAAAAACGAAAGCGGAGGUUCCAGCCUCCGGGCUUGACAGGCACAUCCUCUUCGGGCACACCGGCGAUAUGAGGGACCCGCACACGAACUUGCAAAAGACGGAGUUCGCGACUGCCAACCAGUACUUCCUCCAGGACCCCGCGGCCAUUCCCGGCGUGGGCACCAUAACUGCAGACGGCUUUACAGCGGGCGUGUGCGCCUUCGUUCCACAGAACCACUUCGUGGCCAAGAUGCGGGCUCAUUGGGGAGACAUGCGGCAGUGCCACGCGCUUCCACCAGACGAACGUUUUCUAUCAGAAACAAAAAAGUCGUUCACGUUGCCAGCCAGACCAGGUGAGGCGGAGAAGCGGAACCCAAGGCACUACGAGGAGUUUACUCGCCAGUACGAUUCUGUGAAGGUCACGAGGAGUCCGGGCCUUUGCCGCGGCAGUAAUCUGCGGAGUGCGGCCUCCUUGAUGGUGCAAUGA